AUGAAGCAAAGUUCGCACGGCAAUGCUCGACUCGAGCGCACCCUUGGAUGGGGCGGCAACGGCAUUGCCUCGCUCUUCUAUGUCGAUCCGGGGAACGGCGCGCCUCGUGACUAUUUUGUUGCAAAGACGUGCAUCAACCCGGCCUCGCGCGCAGCGGGUGCCUUGUGCGAAGAGAAGAACAUGCAGAAUAAUUGUAUCACCAUGGAGUACCCGCCCGGCCAGGACCUCGCCCGCAGCCUCCCGAGAGACGCGCAGGGCCAGGUAUUUGGAGUGUACGGCGAACGCGUCCCCCCGGCCUGUCAGGCGGCGUACGAUCAGGCACUGGCGGACAGAAGUUGGAACCACGAGGGCAAGACACCUGGAGGAGCCGGGGUGGUUCACUUCGACAUCGACCCUCAAAACAUUCUCCUUGGAAACAUAAACAUUGGCCCCGCCAACGAUAGGCAUGCCCUUCUCCCCGUUUUCCAGUUGACCGACUGCGGGCUCGCGCGGGCCAUCGAUCUCACUUAUGUGAGCAAUGCGAGGAGACGGGGAACAGUGGGUUUCCUCAACGACAGACGAGAGAACCCUCGGCCCAAGACGGCAGGCAAGUACUGCUGGAAGACCAACCUCUACCAGUUCGCCGUCGUCCGUCACCCUAUCACGCAGGAAGAAAUCGAGAUUUCGGACCCCAACAACCCAGGCCGAUUGAUUAAGGCCUGGUCCUACGGGGCCUAUAUUCUGAACGACAGGCAUUGGGGCGCGGUCGACGGCGAGCUCCGGCGGCUCGUGGCCCAGUGCAUGUGCGACGAGCCGGCGCACCGACCCGAGCUGCAGGAGCUCCAGGCCACCAUCGCCAGCCGCCUGGCCAACACGGUCUGGGCGGGCACCGACAGCGAUGCCAACGUGCAGGCGUGGAUGCAGCAGAAUAUUGGGAAUCCGGCGCCGCCUCAGAACCCACCGGGCCAACUGCCGCUGUGGUUUAUGUGUGAUCGGGGAUGGACGGAGUAAUUAGCCGCUGGAUUAGACCGUGCCAUGGUACGUUUGAGAUCAAUUAUUAUGUACCAACAGUGACAGGUCCUUUGGCUCUCAAAGAGCCUUAAUCCUUGCAAAAGGGAAAUUCGGCUCCCUGAAAACCUUCUCAGUAGCAGCCAUCGACUUGUACUCCUCCGGCAGCGGCAAAAACUCAAAGCUCAAGACGAGCAGCACCACCAUGAUCUUGAGUUCCAUCAUGGCCAAUUUGCGUCCUGUAUAAUGUAUUUUACGUCAGCACUCUUUUACCCAACCCACCGACAAAAGAAAUGCAAAAAGGAAAUCAGAAACCUACCAAAACAACCCCUAAACCCCCCCCCAAACGCCAACGAAGGCAGCGCAUAGCCAUCAAACCUCUCCCUGCC